AUGACCAUUACCCAAAAUUCUGUAAUGAAUGUGGAAACACUUAAACUACUCAACAAUGAAUUGAAUGAAAAGAAUGCAAUCCUUAAGGAGCUGAAUGCAGAAUUAAAGGAAAAUAAUGUUUUAUUGAAAAAUAAGUUAUGUGAGCAACCAAACCAAAUACAAACUCCAGACUAUAACUAUGCUUAUAUAACCACAAAUGGAAACCCAACUAUAAAAGAAAAUGUCCCAAAUAUUAUCAUACAAGCGAAUGACAGAAACAUAAAUAAAUUACUUACAGAAGCAAAGAAAACCAUCUGUGAAAAAACCAACCUACCUGUGAACUUGAACCUAGUCAAAGACAAAGUUAUUGUCAAGUGUAAAAACAAAGCUGACGUAGAAACUGUAGAGCUGGCUCUGAAGGAGGAUCUAUCCAAAGAAGCAAGAGUACAGGUGGAAACAAAAAAGAGCCCAAGAAUAAAGAUGGUUCGAUAUAGAAAAAAAACAACAACUAAAGCACAAUGGUCUCCAGCAGAAAUGAUGGCCGCCAUAGAAGCUGUGAAUUUAUUUUGA